UGAAGUCAAUCUUUUAUCAUUCAUAAACUAUUGCUAUUGCAGUGAAAUAAAAUUCAAAUCAAGUAAAUCUCUAUAUAAAUACUCACUGUUUAAAUUACAGUGUGUACAAAGAAAAAGUAGAACUUAAAAAUUAAUGGAAAUUUUAUAACUAAAUUAUAAUCAUCAAUUUCAAAAUGACAGCAUCGAUUAAUGAUAGGAAACGUUCUAGAGAAGAAGAUGGAAAUAAUGAAGAUCAUAUGCCAUUAUCGAAAAGAAUUAAUAUGCUUCAUAUUAACAACACUUAUAAUAUAGAUUCUAAUCAACAACAUAAUGGUCAUCAUAAUGGAUUGAUAAUGCCUUUAAAUCAACCAGCUGUUUACAUGAAUGGAAAUACUCAUAUUAAUGGUCAUUCGGUACAUAAUGGAAACAAUCAGCAACACCAUCAUCAACCAUCGCAUUCUCAUCAUCACCAUCAUCAUCAUCAUCAUGAAAAUGGUCAUUUAGUUCAUAUAGCAUCUAGUCAUAUUGAAAUUGAAGAUAAUAGUACCUAUAAUCCGGAAUUGAAUCAAGAUGAAAAUCCAUAUUAUUAUAAUAAAAAUAAAUUACUUUUUGAAUUACAUUUGGAACGUAGCAAAAGAAAUAUUAAUGAGAAAAUUUAAGAACAAUUUGAAAACAACAAAACUUAUAUUACAAAAAAUAUAUUUAAAACAUAUUAUGCUCUACGAGAAUAUUAUGUACCUACCUUUAUAAUUACUUAUAGUAUUUCGAAUAUUCACUUGUUAAAAUUUAAAAAUUGCUAAAUUUAAAUUAUCAGUUUGUUUAAAAAUUGCAACAUUUUUUUAGGGAGAAAAAAAAGAAAUUAAAAUAUUAAAUAUUUGUAUUAAUAUUAUUUCAAUUUUAAAAAGACAUAAUAAAUUAAAUAUUUUGAAAUUUCAAAUUGGAAAAGUUGGAAAAAUAUUAAUUAGAGGCUGUCAAACUUUAAAAUUUUGUGUUAAAAACUAUUACAAUUGAAUAGCAAAAAAUUAAAUACUAAAAAUUAAAUGAUAGAUAAAUAAAAAUUACAAAUUAUUCUAAAAACAGUAUAAUUUCUAAAAACAUUCAAAA